ACCGGUAUCAAGAGGCGCUCAAACGCCUUUAUCCUUUACUUUUUAAAUCCUUCACACACUUUUACUCUUAAAUAUCAGCGUAAAUAUGAGGAUGACUACGGUUUGGACUGAUGAAAAUGUUCUUUUAGCUGCACUGGAGAGGAUGGGUUGACAUAGUCACAGCAUGGUAGGAACGCGUUGGGUUGUUUCACACCACUAGGGGUUUUAUCACCGUUAACAACAGUCCGCUGGUGAAUCCAGGAUCUCCGCAGGGGCCGGCACAAGUCCUGCCUCAGAAUGAGAUUACCCAGCCAUCAAGAAGAUUAACUUACCCGCGGUAAAUCACCAGUAUAUUCUAGCGUAGCACUAGCUGAGGCGUAUUUUGAUCUUGUCUGUUAAAAAACAGGCUUUGAUACAGCACAAGAUUGGAGUAACUUGGGAAUAAAAAGAUGAAGGAUUUGCCAGGAGAGUGGAAGGACCAUCAGCUCACGGUUGCUCUGCGCAUCCGGCCUCUGAACGAUGCAGAGAUUGAGGAGGGUGCAACAACAGUGGCGCACAAGAUCGACAGUCAGAUGGUGGUGUUGAUGGACCCCUGUGAGGAUGCUGACAAUGUCCUGAGGGCCAACCGCUCACGUGAAAAAACAUACAUGUUUGAUGUGGCAUUUGAUUAUACUGCAACCCAGGAGGAUGUUUAUGUGGCAACAACAAAAAAUCUUAUUGAUGGUGUGAUUGCUGGUUAUAAUGCCACCGUCUUUGCAUAUGGACCCACAGGAGCUGGAAAGACAUACACUAUGUUAGGCUUAGACUCUGAGCCUGGCAUUUACAUCCGAACACUCAAUGAUCUCUUCAGGGCCAUUGAAGACAGCACUGAGGACCUGAAUUGCAGUGUUUAUAUGUCCUAUAUAGAGAUUUACAAUGAGAUGAUCAGAGAUCUGUUGAAUCCAUCUUCUGGGUACCUUGAGCUGCGUGAGGAUGCUAAAGGGGAAAUACGAAUUGCAGGCAUCACUGAAUUCUCUACAUGUAAUGCUAAAGAGAUAAUGGCUCUUUUGACCAAAGGGAAUAAACAGAGGACCCAGGAGUCGACAGCUGCUAACAAGACGUCAUCUCGCUCUCAUGCUAUUCUUCAGGUGACAGUCAAGCAAAAGAGUCGUGUAAAGGAUAUCAACGAGGAGGUCAGGGUGGGGAAGCUAUUCAUGGUAGACUUGGCAGGAACUGAGCGAGCAUCACAGACUCAAAACAGAGGAAAGAGAAUGAAAGAAGGAGCACAUAUAAACCGUUCCCUGUUAGCACUGGCCAACUGCAUCAAUGCCUUGAGUGAAAAGGGUGGGAAAGGUGCUCAGUUUGUCAACUACAGAGACAGCAAACUCACUCGACUUCUUAAGGAUGCUUUAGGAGGAAACAGUCGCACAGUCAUGAUUACCCAUAUUAGUCCUGCCAGCUCCAACUUUGAGGAGUCAAGAAACACACUGGUUUAUGCCGACAAAGCCAAAAAUAUUCGAAACAAGGUGAAGCGUAAUUUGAUGAAUGUUUCAUAUCACCUGGCCCAAUACACCAGCAUUAUUGCUGAGCUGCGGAGUGAAAUUGACCGACUUCGUGCAAAGAUUGACCAACAGAGUCAAGAGCAACAAAAAGGAGAGAAAGCAGACAUUUGUGACAAUCAAGCUGAGGUGCAACAGUACAGUCAUGGUGAGAUGGCUUUACUGCAGGAGCAGCUCUUGUCUGCCUUCAGGGAGCAGAUGGAGAUCAGACGCAGCUUGAUGGAGCUGGAGAACUGCAAUAUGGAACUCCACAUAGACACAUCCAGACAUCUGCUCACCAUCUCAGAUUGGGAGCGUGAUCGAGCACGUGCCCGGCGAGGGAGAGAUGAAGUAAACGGAGAGAAAAGAGACAGAGAUAAGGAUGAAGAGCAAGAGAGUGGGCCAGAGGAGCCACAGUAUGUUACAGCAGCUCGAGAGGAGAUCGGCCCCCUACUGGCUGAACAGAGAAAAACAAUAGAGCUGAAAUGUGAACUGGAGGAAAAAUUAUUGAACAUGAAACUGAAGUCAUCUAAGAUUGAGGAGUUGCUCCCUAAACGCAUAAGUAACAGUGAGCAGAGAGACAUUCUGACACUGCUUUGCAAAGUCCAUGAGCUGGAGCUUGAAAAAACUGAAAUCCAGUCAGCUGUUCUCUGCAAAGAAAACGUUCUCCGAACAAAAGACUUCAUCAUUCAGCGCCAUGAGCAGCAGAGGACACUCUGUGAUGACAUCAUACACCAGCAAAAGGCUCUAAUUGAAGAUCAAGGACUUUGUGUACCUGAGGAAUUACAAGAGCUUUAUUCACUGUACUUUGGUGAAUUAAGUGAUGCAAGCGUCGACCAAAUUCUCAACCUUCAUGCUUUCGCCACAAACCCCAGAGCAGAUAACUCUAUUAUGAUUAUGGCAAGGCAACUGAGAAUUAAUGCCAUCUCCGAUUUAGAAGAGCUAGAGAAAACACAGCAAAACAGCAGGAAGUUCAGUCCUUUAGAUAAACAUGCCCGUGAUUCUGCUUCCUCUGGGCUGGAUUAUGACAGUGACAGUAACAGAGUUUUCAAAUCGUUGUCUAAAAUUCAACCACGUAGACAGCACCACUUAUCUUCUAGCCCAACUCUUGUGAUGAAGGCUUGUGCUGUUAAGAAUUCGACUCCCGUAUGUCUUGCUGAAGCUGUGAGUCCAGACACUCUGAGGGAAAUUGUCAGUGACACCAAGAGCAUCUCAGUCAUUGCUGCAAAACGCCGCUCACACCUUCAAGCAAAGGAGUCUAAUUCCAGGGUGGCCAGUGUGGCUUUGGCCGUAGGACAUAAGUCCUCGAUGAGCAUGGACAGUCUAGUUUCUACUUUGGCAGAUGAGUCAGUGGAGGUCAAAAGAAACCCCCCAAGAUAUAGAGGCAGCUCCCAUUUGAAGCAGGACCCAAAGAGAACCGAAGGCAGAAUGGAGCUGCCUGAGAAACAACAGCGCAAGAAGCGGUCCAGAUCUAUUGAACCAACCAAAAGGGUUGCACUCUUGAAGGAGACGCAGGUACAAAAACCAAGACAAAACCCUUCCAGAUAUCCAGCUUUGGAGAGCAUCUCAGAUAACCGCCUCGUGAGACCAGCAUUAAACAUGAUCCAGCCACUCAACGGUGCUGCUGGAAACCCUGCGACACCCCCAGUAGCUAAAAUAAAGAACCCCGUCUCUCACUUCACAGGAGAAGUGCCGCUUCAGAUGUUAGAGAUCAGGGGAACACCACCCAGCACCGUCCAUCAAAAACACCCCGAUGUCAAACGAGGACAGGCAAUCUGCAAACGACAGCGAGGCCCAGGAGAUGUUUCGUACCACAGCAAUCUCCUACAGCAACCAGGCAAUUACAAGAAGUCCACCAAUGAAAAUCCUAGACAAAAAGGAAUGGCCGAUGUCAACAAAAAGAAUGAAGCAUGGCAAAAAAACAAACAAACUGUAAAAAAGUCAUAUGUUUAAGUUUUUGGCUCUUAUACGAGAAUCUUUUUUCUCUAUUUUUGCACUAAAAUGUACAGCUGAGACUAUGUUGCAAAUUGACGUUAUUUUAAUUUUAUCAGAUAAAAUAUAUCAUAUAAUAUUAUAAUAUUUAAUAAUAUUUAAAAUAUGUAAUAUUUAGCAUUUUCCUCAGAUAUGUUAUCUCAUAAUUAAAAACAAAAACAGAUUUUAUGCUGUUUACAGAAUAAUGGUUUGAAAAAAUCACAUUUGAAGUAAAUUUAUUUGGAGAAAAUCAUAGAAAUAAGAUUAUUUAAUUAAUUAAUUGUUUUAUAAUAAAAAAUAAAAUUAUAUAAAAAUUUGUGUGAAAGCUCAUAUUGGUUUCUUCUGUGGGGAUCAUCACUGUAAUAACUGACGUUAGUUACUUUGGAGAUAUCAACUAAAUGACAUUGGCACAAACUGAUGGCUGGUCAAGCUCAGUGAAAAUGAGUGUGAACAACAUCAGCUUACAUCACUGUUUGACAAUGUGUCAGUACAAAUAGUCUCAUGUUUCACUGGAAUAGAUGAAGCUGUUAUCUAAACCUUGUAGUAUGCCAUGUUAUUCUGUACUACCUCAUGUGAACCAGUCUCCUGAAUGAUGCAUUCGAUGCAUAUACAAAAAUAGGAGUUAAAUCGAAUACAGCAGAUUUGCCAUUAUUUAAUAAGUACUUUUAUUAAUGGAACCAUAAUAAUAUAGUCAUAUAUGAUAGGGCUAGACAAGGAACAAGGUCAAAUCCAUGAGAUUCAUGGAUCAUUGGAUUUCAGUCACUUAAAAUCAGUGAUGUUUUUUGGCAUUAUUUGUUGAAAUUAUGAUUUUAUGUUGAUAUGUACAAAAAAAUGAAGAAAUUAAUGGGGGGGGGGGGGG